UUCUUUAACCCACCCCUAUCAACCCAUGCAACAGACCACCCACCGUAACCCCUCUGUGGGUGGCGCCGGCUUCAACGCAAACGCGGGCCCGCAAUAUCCACACCCGAAUGUGUCUCAGUACAUGCCUCCUCUUGGUGUGUACGAGGCACCGCCGCAACAAUACGGGACGCACCAGACCUACCGUAACACCCCCAACGACGGCUUCAACGCAAACCCGGGCCCGCAAUAUCCACAUGGCCUGACCGGGGCCCAAUUGCACGGGGGUCCGGAAUUUCAGGUCGGUGGGAGCAGCAUGCAACAACCAAACCCGUCCUCCUCCCAUCGUUUACCCUCGUAUGAUUCCCUUUCCGGAAAAUGCCUUGUUUGUGGCAAGGAGACGGAACAACUGUCCUUAUGCGCUAAUAUGGAGGGACACUAUGUCCACCACGAUUGUGCGAAUUAUUGGAGGAGCAUCGAUCCGGAGCAUUGCCCAGCUGGAGGAUACUGCAAACAAGCCGCCCAAAUCGACAUGCGCU